UCAUAGGAAAGAAAUGUGCACCUUAGAGAAACAAGGGAAUGUAUUUAUUCUAACACUUACCGGUGAUGGUGAGCAUAGGCUCAAUCCCUCUCUUAUUGACGCAAUCAGAGCCGCCCUCAACCGCGUAAGGGCUGAAGUUGCGGUCGGGUCGGCUCUGAUCACUACGGCUCAGGGCAAAUUCUUCUCUAAUGGCUAUGAUCUAGCUUGGGCCGGAUCUGACCCGGCCCGAUCACAAUUGAUGGAUUCCAAGUUUAAGUCGCUCGUAUUCGACCUUUUCAACUUACCUAUGCCGACUAUCGCGGCCAUUACUGGCCACGCUUCGGCAGCUGGCUUCAUCUUGGGAAUGAGCCACGAUUAUGUUUUGAUGCGGAAGGACCGCGGGUUUCUCUACAUGAGUGAAAUUGAUAUAGGGCUAAAAAUUCCUGCUUGGUUCGUGACUUUAGUGAAGAAUAAAGUCAAGUCGCCCGUAGCUUGGCGUGAUGUCGUUAUGAGAGGCACUAAAUUGACUGCUGACGUGGCAAUCGAGCAUGGCAUCGUGCACUCCGCGCACGUCGGUGCAGCAGAGACGGUGAAGGAGGCUGUGAAGCUUGGGGAGGAGUUGACGGCGAGGAAGUGGGAUGGAAAUGUUUAUGCUCAUAGUAGGAGGCUUGUGUUUUCUAAUGUCUUGGUUGCACUAACCAAUGAAAGUGUAUCUAGGUUGUGAGCAAGUAGCUAAGAUACAUGAAAAUAAAAAAAUUUGGGUCGAUA